CCAUGUCGAUCGGAUUUUACUAAAAGACUUUAAAUGGCGCGAUGUUGUUCAAGAUUUAGAUAUUAUUUUGACACAAGAGGUUAAUGAUUUGUAUUGAUCUCCUUUUUUCAAACAGUUGUGGCGACAAAGACACCAGUGAAGACCUCGAUAACACUUUGUCCUACUCUUGCGCAAAUGACAGUAUCAAAGAAAGGUUCUCCAUUCGGGCCUUUAGGUACUAUGGAGCUGAGGCAGGUGCCGAAGUUUACUUCCACUGUGUUCUAAGGGUUUGUCUGGCAGACAAGACCCCUUCAGCGUGCGAGUGCCCUUCCGAAAGUCGGUGUUCUAGUUCCAGGAAAAAGAGGUCAACAGUGGAUGAAACGAAAGUGUAUCACGUGUCUACCGGGCCUUUUAUUUUGGAGAACGACGAGGAAGAGAAAGAAAGAUCAGGUGAAGAAAAUGAGUCCAAGUCCCUCUCAAACGGUACAGUGAUUACAGUAGCGAUCAGCGGUGUUCUCGCCGUAGCAAUUAUCUGUCUCACGGCUUACCUGAUACUGCGCAGCCGCAACAAGCGCAGCCAACGUGGCGACAUCCACGUUGCUACAUAAGCAGGCGAACUGUAGCAACUUGCCAUUAG